GUUUGCUGCGAGCCUUUGAAAGCGCUGUAAUGAACAAGCUGUUCCGCACGAUCUGAAAAUAAUCCGCGUGUCAGUGUCAGCUUUCUUAUGCAAAUUAGCUGUCUUUGAAGGCGGAUCUUUUGGCAGGUUAGACCGGGACGGAGGCUCCGACCAGCUCAGACGAGCACUGCCACCAAAAGCAUCAACUGCCUACUUACAGAGGGAGCAUAAUCCUGCGUUUCUGGGACACAUUUAUAGAGACCGAUAUGUGUUCGACUUGUUUUGCUGACUGCUUAUUUGUCCCCGUUGCCUUGCGAGCAGCCAUGACCGUCGGAUAAAGAGCUGGAGGGAGAUUGUUUGUUUUUGUUUUUUAAAGUUGUCACACAAUGACUGAAAUCUGCCACAGAGAGAGAGAGACUCUCGGAAAGUGCCAUGGAGCGUAAAGGCGAGCCGGUGAGACUUUUGGAAACAAGAGGGGAACACAUCGGGGCACAAAGAAAUUCUCUUUUACGCACAGCAGACUGAUAUUCACAGCGCAGGAGACGGAACAAGUAGCUGCUGCACCGAAGCCGCAAACUGAAAGCAUGGACCAGACGGCACACUUCCAGCGAGGAACCGUGUUCGGACCGUCGCGGGAUUUAUCUUUGAUAUUUUAAAUCUGCAGUUUUUAAAGUGAGGAAGCGAUGGUCCUGCUACGGAGAGCUGAGUAAGUUUCUCCACAUUGAUCCAGUAACCGCCAUCGCCAGCCUGGAUUCAUCGCUCACUUUUUUAAUGAAAGAAACUUGUGUGUCUGAGGUUUUGGUGAACAUUUAGCUGUUUUUUUGCCUCUAUUAAAACAACACAAUGUGUUCAGCUGUUAAAGUGAGCCUUAUCUAUGCGCUGGUGCUGCUGCUGUUGAGCAGUAGGGGCUCAGCCAUAAGCUCAAUAGAUCCUGACUGGUCAGGAGAGGGGAGAUGUCAGCACAUCACCAUCCCUCAGUGUAAAGACAUUGGCUACAACAUGACUCGCAUGCCAAAUCUGAUGGGCCAUGAUGACCAAAAAGAGGCAGCGAUAAAGCUGCAGGAGUUUGCCACCCUCAUACAGUUUGGAUGUCACAGCCACCUCAGAUUUUUCCUCUGCUCACUGUAUGCUCCCAUGUGCACGGAGCAGGUGUCAAACCCCAUUCCAGCGUGUAGAGUUAUGUGUGAGCAGGUCAAGCUGAAAUGUUCUCCCAUCCUGGAACAUUUUAACUUCCACUGGCCAGAGUCUCUGGACUGCUCACGUCUGCCUACCAAAAAUGACCCAAACAACCUCUGCAUGGAGGCGCCCAACAAUGGCUCGGACGAACCUCCCAAAGUCUCCCACACCCAGCCUCCGGAUUUCAGGCUGCAGCGGCCUCUGAGUGGGCAGGACCUUCACCCUAAAGACAGUGGCAGCAAGCAGAUGUGCAGCAACCCAGGCAAGUUCCACUUUGUGGAGAAGAGUGAGUCCUGUGCCCCCAAAUGCUACCCAAAAGUGGAUGUGUACUGGAGUCAGGGAGACAAGCAGUUCUCUCUGGUGUGGAUGGCCAUCUGGUCCAUCCUGUGCUUUGUCUCCAGCGCCUUCACAGUGCUCACUUUCCUCAUUGACCCACAGCGUUUCAAAUACCCCGAGAGACCAAUCAUCUUCCUCUCCAUGUCCUACUGUGUUUACUCUGUGGGCUACCUCAUUCGGCUCUUUGUGGGAGCUGACAGAAUAGCCUGCGACAGAGACAACGGGGUCCAAUAUAUUAUCCAGGAGGGUCUGGAGAGCACAGGCUGCACUAUUGUGUUCCUCAUUCUGUAUUAUUUUGGCAUGGCCAGCUCCCUCUGGUGGGUUAUCCUGACCCUCACGUGGUUCUUGGCUGCUGGGAAGAAAUGGGGUCACGAGGCCAUCGAAGCAAACAGCAGCUACUUCCAUCUGGCAGCGUGGGCCAUCCCUGCCAUAAAGACAAUCAUGAUACUGGUGAUGAGGAAGGUGGCCGGAGACGAGCUGACGGGCGUCUGCUACGUGGGCAGCAUGGAUGUCAAAGCUCUCACAGGUUUUGUGCUCAUUCCUCUCUCCUGCUAUCUCAUUAUCGGCACUUCAUUUCUGCUGUCCGGCUUUGUUGCACUCUUCCACAUCCGCAAGAUUAUGAAAACCGAGGGAGAGAACACAGACAAGCUUGAGAAGCUGAUGGUUCGCAUCGGAGUCUUCUCUGUCCUCUACACUGUCCCAGCCACCUGCGUCAUCGCCUGCUAUUUCUACGAGAGGCUCAACAUGGACUACUGGCGCAUUCUCGCAGGGGAGCAGAAAUGCAGCAGCAGCGGGCUAGAGUCCGACGACUGCAUCAUGAAGGCUUCUAUCCCCGCUGUCGAAAUCUUCAUGGUGAAGAUCUUCAUGCUGCUGGUGGUGGGCAUCACCAGCGGCAUGUGGAUCUGGACCUCAAAGACACUGCAGUCAUGGCAGAACGUGUUCAGCAGGAAGAUAAAGAAGAGAACGAGGCGGAAGGCUGCCAGUGUGUUCACCAGCAGCAGGCCUUACAUUAAACCUCACCCAUCUCUCAAAGGGCCCAACACUAAAUACGAGCCCACACGCCCCCCUCCAACAUGUGUAUGAGCUGACUCUCUUUGUGCAAACCCCCAAAAUACUUUUAAAGCCCUAAACAAGACUUCUAAUGAUCAGUGCCAUCAAAUGAAUCAAGCUUCAUGUUUUAUUUAUGCAAUAUGCAUCGAAGGUAAUACAACAUGGGGGUUUUGUUCAGUCUUGAGCCAUGUCACACAACAAGAGCUGCCUUUGUUUGAGAAAAAUCUGCUACUCCUGGAUUCACUUAUCCUAGAGGAAAAAAAAGUUAUUGUUCCAGAGACAAAAAGAGUGGAAUAAACCAUUUGGAUGUGCAGUGGGGUUACUUGAAUAAUGUGCAAUAGAUGUUUUUCAUUACAGCCAAAACAACACUUGUACUGUUGUUGACCGAUUACAGACAAUGCAUGAUGAACCCCAUAGACAUUAAUGGCAAAUAGUCAGAGAGAUGACCGGUGUGUUUGGAGGCUUUUUCUGUUAAUGGAAAUCAAUGCAGUGCCAUAUAUGUUUAAACUGGACUGAGAGCAGUUGCUGAAAGGCGCUCGAGACCUUCAGAACUGCCCCAUUGUGAGGCAAAUCCAUGCCAUAAAUUAAUCAAGCACUCAGUACUGAGAAAAGUUAUUUGUAAAUGCUGUUUUUUUUUUUCUUUGCUGUUUUAUAGCACAAGGGAACAUUUGUAUAUAUUUCUGAAAAGUUGAGAUUUUAUAGAAAAGUAAUAAAACGUUCUAGUUUUAAA